GAAGUCGACGCGAGUCCUGUGAUAAGUGCGAAAAACAUGAUCAGUGGAGAUCGAGACGAGAAGAACGGGCUGGAUAUCGAAAUGUUUAGGGUUCCACCAAUUUCGAUCGAUGAUAUACCUGAUAUGCUGUUGACAACCAUUCCAAAAUGUGGCGGUUGCCACGAACUUAUCCUCGAUAGAUUCAUUUUGAAAGUGGCAGAUAGAACUUGGCAUGCCAAAUGCCUUCAGUGUAGUGACUGUCGAGUGCAAUUGACGGAUAAGUGCUUCGCAAGAAAUGGACAACUUUUUUGCAAGGAAGAUUUCUUCAAUGGGUGCAGACGAUUUGGCACAAAGUGUGCUGGCUGUGAGCUGGGUAUCCCGCCCACGCAGGUCGUCAGAAGGGCCCAAGACAACGUCUACCACCUUCAGUGUUUCUCCUGCGUCAUGUGUGCCAGGCAGCUCAACACGGGAGACGAAUUUUACCUCAUGGAAGACAGGAAACUGGUGUGCAAACCCGACUACGAAGCAGCCAAAACGAAAGCUGCAGAAUGUUUAGAUGGUGACCAACCCAACAAAAGGCCUCGGACGACAAUAACAGCAAAACAACUAGAAACAUUGAAAACAGCUUAUAACAAUAGCCCUAAACCUGCAAGACAUGUCAGGGAGCAGCUUAGUCAAGAUACAGGAUUGGAUAUGAGAGUAGUGCAAGUCUGGUUCCAAAACAGGAGAGCGAAAGAAAAACGAUUAAAGAAAGAUGCAGGAAGAACGAGAUGGAGCCAGUACUUCAGAUCCAUGAAAGGUGGUUCUUCACCAAGACACGAUAAACUAUUGGAUAAGGACGAAAUGAAAGUGGACCUAGACAGCUUCAGUCAUCAUGAUCUCAGCGACGACAGUUAUGGAACAGUUGUGAACAUGGGACUAGACCAAGAUGGUUCGUCGCCACACAAUGGAAUUGGAAGGCCCUCGUUUCUGCAUGGGGCUUCUUCACCGUCCUUUUUACCUGGGCAUACUCCUCCACAUGGGCAUGACCAUUUCUCUCCGUAUCCAGACCAACUGUCGGUUUACGCCAGCCUAGGUCAAGGAGGACCAGGAAUGUUAUCACACAAUAUGCCACCUGGUGCCGAUACCGAUAUUAGCAACGACAGCAGUCCACGAGGUUAUCCCGACUUUCCUCCAAGUCCAGAUUCGUGGUUGGGAGAACCGUCCAGCGCACACUACUGACCCUUCAAUAGACCAACUAUCAAAUUUAUGUUACCAAAAAUGAAACUGAUAUCAGAAGUAGUUUCAUAUCUGUAUUCAUGUCUCAUGAUACAUGUGUUUCUGUGCACAAUAACCAGUCAAUUUCAAAGAAUUUAUGUACAAAAUUUUCUUUCAGUGAAAUCUUGAAGUUGGCUGUGAAUGAGAGUUGUUCCUGUUGUCUCCUUACGGGUUGAGGAGGUUUCCACAUUAGUCUGUCAAGAAAUAUGUCAAUUGGUUGAAAAUCCCAAGAUGCGGUUGGAAAGGUGUUAACUGAGAAGUAUUCCUCUACAGAUUUACGUGUUAUCACAGUUUAAAACCCAUUGGAAAUUAUUACAGUUGAUGAAAAUCCGUGAAACAUUUCCAUCAACAGUAUAUUUUCAUUCACCACAAGUUACGUCAAUAGUCAAACAUUUUCAAAAAUUCAUAUACUAGAAUCGUUAGAAAAACAUCAGUUCAUAUUUUUCAACAUCGCUUUUGCGAGCCACAUUAAUGAUUUCCGCCAUUAAUAUAUUAAUAUCGUUACAUAAAUGAAGACUGAGAGACAAGAACGUAUACAUUCUCCUAGA